UCUCCUGUCCCCGGUCCUUCAGUCGAAACCUGCACCGGAGACAAGAGUCGACCAGCGGACGUUUGACCGGAGGACAAGCCGAGCUCCGUGCACCACAGGCCGGGUCAUGGAGCGACCGGAGGACGAGGGCUUGUCGUUUUGCGGCAACAACGUCAGUGUUGAUGCCUACAGCGUGAGGGGGGGUGUGUUGAACAAUGGCUGCUUCGUGGACGCUCUCAACCUGGUUCCUCAUGUGUUCCUGCUCUUCAUCACCUUCCCCAUCCUCUUCAUCGGUUGGGGAAGUCAAAGCUCGAAGGUCCAGAUCCAUCACAACACGUGGCUUCAUUUCCCCGGACACAACAUGAGAUGGAUCCUCACCUUCUCGCUGCUGUUCGUCCACGUCUGCGAGUUCGCAGAAGGCAUCGUCUCUACCAAGACGAUGGAAACAAACAACCUGCAUCUGUACAUGCCUGCGUUCAUGGGUUUUGUAGCGGCGACAACGUCUGUGGUUUAUUACCACAACAUAGAGACGUCCAACUUUCCCAAACUGCUGCUUUUUCUUUUCAUUUACUGGGUGCUGGCGUUCAUCAGCAAGACAAUCAAGCUGGUGAAGUAUGCAGAGUACAACGUGGGACCACGGCACCUGAGGUUCUGUAUCACAGCCCUGUUUGUGAUCCUGUACGGACUCCUGAUGGCCGUGGAGAUCAACGUCAUCAGAGUCAGGAAAUACGUGUUCUUCGCCAACCCUCAAAAGGUGAAGCCACCAGAAGAUUUGCAGGAUUUGGGCGUUCGCUUCCUGCAGCCGUUUGUCAACUUGCUCUCCAAGGCGACAUAUUGGUGGAUGAACCCUCUCAUCAUGGGAGCCCAUAAAAGGCCGAUAGAGCUGAGGAAGAUCGGCAAGCUGCCCAUCGCCAUGAGAGCGCUCACCAACUACCUGCGGCUCAAAGACGCCUACGAGGACCAGAAGACAGCGGAGGAUCCGAAUCGAUCCCCGUCGAUCUGGCGCUCUGUGUACCGGGCGUUCGGACGUCCCAUCCUGCUCAGCAGCACCUUCCGCUACCUGGCCGACCUGCUGGGCUUCGCCGGGCCACUCUGCAUCGCCGGCAUUGUGAAGAACAUGGAGGGCGACAACACCACGUCACAAAUGACGGAAAUCCACUUCGGCGUCCCCUUCUUGUCCUCCGCUAAGCUGCUGCAGAACCCGUCCGUCCUGGCCGUCCUCCUCUUCCUGGCUUUAAUCCUGCAGAGGACCUUCUUACAGGCCUCGUACUACGUCAGCAUAGAAACAGGCAUCAACCUGCGCGGAGCCCUGCUGGCGAUGAUUUACAACAAAAUCCUGCGUCUGUCCACCUCCAACUUGUCCAUGGGCGAGAUGACGCUCGGGCAGAUCAACAACCUGGUUGCUAUAGAGACCAACCAGCUAAUGUGGUUCCUCUUCCUCUGCCCAAACCUUUGGGCCAUGCCCGUUCAGAUUGUGAUGGGAGUGAUCCUGCUCUACUAUUUACUGGGCUGGAGUGCGCUGGUGGGCGCGGCCGUCAUAGUUCUGCUGGCUCCGAUACAAUACCUCAUCGCCACCAAGCUGGCCGACACACAGAAAACCACACUAGAUCACUCGACCGAUCGUCUGAAGAAGACCACAGAGAUCCUGAAGGGUAUAAAGCUGCUGAAGCUCUACGCCUGGGAGAACAUCUUCUCUGACAGUGUGGAGGAGACCAGAGGCAAAGAGCUCACCAGCCUCAGGACCUUCGCUUUCUACACGUCCAUGUCCAUUUUCAUGAAUGCUGCGAUCCCCAUUGCUGCCGUUCUAUCGACGUUUGUGACUCAUCAGUACCUGAAUAAAACCGUUCCCGGUCCUUCUGAGGCCUUCGCAGCCCUGGCGCUGUUCCACAUCCUGGUCACUCCGCUCUUCCUGCUCUCCACCGUGGUCCGGUUCGCUGUGAAGGCUCUGGUCAGUGUCGAGAAGCUCGGUGAGUUUCUUCAGAGCGACGAAAUUGGAGACGACAGCUGGAGAAAUGGAGACAUGUCCGUUUCCUUUGAAGCAGGAAAAAAGAACCUCGGGAUGACCAAGGCCAUCAACAGGAAGCAGCCGAUGCGCUACCAGAUGGAUAACUACGAGCAGCCGAGCAGGCGACAGAUGAGGCCCUCGGAGACGGAGGAUGUGGCUGUGAAGGUGAUCAAUGGAUUCUUCACCUGGGGAAGUAACCUGUCGAUGCUGUCCGACAUCAACAUCCGUAUCCCGACAGGUCAGCUGACGAUGAUUGUGGGCCAGGUGGGUUGUGGGAAAUCCUCCCUGGUGCUCGCCAUGCUGGGUGAGAUGCAGCCCAUCGACGGAAGAGUCUACUGGAGCAACAAGAACAGAUACUCUGUGGCCUACGCUGCGCAGAAGUCGUGGCUGCUCAACGCGACACUGGAGGAGAACAUCACCUUCGGGAGCCCGUUCAGUAAACAGAGGUACAAAGCUGUGAUUGAAGCCUGCUCUCUGCAGCCAGACAUCGACCUGUUGCCUUUCGGGGACCAAACUGAGAUUGGAGAGAGGGGCAUCAGCCUGAGUGGAGGUCAGCGACAGAGGAUCUGUGUGGGACGAGCUCUGUACCAGAACACCAACAUCGUCCUCUUGGAUGACCCCUUCUCGGCGUUGGACAUCCACCUCAGUGAUCACCUGAUGCAGGAAGGAAUCCUCAAGUUCCUGCAGGACGAUAAACGCACCGUGGUCCUGGUCACUCAUAAACUGCAGUACCUUAUACAUGCAGACUGGAUCAUUGCGAUGAAGGACGGCUCCAUCCUGAGGGAGGGAACCUUGAAGGACAUUCAGACUCACGACGUGGAGCUUUACGAUCACUGGAAAACUCUGAUGAACCGACAGGACCAGGAGCUGGAGAAGGACAUUCAGCAGGACAGUCAAACGACACUGGAGAGGAAAGUUCUGAGGAGAGCUUUCUACUCCAGAGAAGCCAAGAGCCAGAUGGACGACGAGGAUGAAGAGGAGGAAGAGGAGGAAGAAGAAGACGACGACAUGUCCAUGACCUCAAACAGACGAUCAAAGAUCCCAUGGAGGGUGUGCUGGUGUUACUUGUCCUCCGGGGGUUUCUUCAUGGUCUUCCUCAUGGUGUCCUCCAAGCUGCUCAAACACUGCGUCAUUGUGGCCGUUGACUACUGGUUGGCCAGGUGGACGUCCUCCAAGACCAAUCUCGCGUCCAAUGGAACGAGCCCGGCCAUGAAUUUCAGCAACAACAGCAACAGCACCCUCACCGGUUCUCCGGAGGCGGAGAGCGACUCCUAUCUGCUAGUGUUCAGUAUCCUGUGUGCGUCUGGAAUCACGCUGUGCCUCAUCACCUCCCUCACUGUGGAGUUUCUGGGUGUCUCUGCAGCCACCAACCUGCACCACAACCUGCUCAACAAAAUCAUCCACGCUCCCAUCAGGUUCUUCGACAUCACUCCUCUGGGCCAAAUCCUCAACAGAUUCUCAGCUGAUACCAACAUCAUUGAUCAGCACAUUCCCCCGACACUGGAGUCGCUGACGAGAUCCACGCUGCUCUGCCUGUCGGCCAUCGGGGUCAUCUCCUUCAUCACUCCUGUGUUUCUGAUCGCCCUGGUUCCCCUGGGCAUCGCCUUCUACUUCAUCCAGAAGUACUUCAGAGUGGCGUCCAAGGACCUGCAGGACCUGGACGACUCCACACAGCUUCCUCUGCUCUGUCACUUCUCUGAGACGGCUGAAGGUCUCACCACAAUAAGAGCAUUCAGACACGAGGCUCGUUUCAAACAGCGGAUGCUGGAGCUGACCGACACAAACAACACGGCCUACCUGUUUCUGUCGGCCGCCAACCGCUGGCUGGAGGUCCGCACGGACUACCUGGGAGCAGUGAUCGUGCUGGCGGCAGCUGGAGCGUCCAUCUGGAGUUCAAGUUGCGGAGGCAUGCUGGGACUCGGACUCACGUACGCCCUCACGGUCACCAACUACCUGAACUGGGUCGUGAGGAACCUGGCCGACCUGGAGGUGCAGAUGUCGGCGGUGAAGAAGGUCAACAGCUUCCUCAGCAUCGAGUCGGAGAACUACGAGGGAACGAUGGACGCCUCUCAGGUGCCCGAGGACUGGCCCCACAAUGGGGAGAUCAAGAUCGAGGACCUGAGCGUGCGCUACGACCCCAUGCUCAAACCAGUGCUCAAGCACGUCAACGCCUACAUCGAGCCCGGCCAGAAGGUGGGCAUCUGCGGCCGCACGGGCAGCGGGAAGUCCUCCCUGUCGCUGGCCUUUUUCAACAUGGUGGACAUCUUCGAAGGAAAGAUCGUCAUCGACGGGAUAGACAUCUGUAAACUUCCUCUGCCGACUCUGCGGUCGAGACUCUCCAUCAUCCUCCAGGACCCUGUGAUGUUCAGUGGAUCCAUAAGGUUUAAUCUGGAUCCCGAGCGGACGGGCACUGAUGAUCGACUCUGGGAGGCGCUAGAGAUCGCCCAGCUGAAGAACAUGGUGAAGGCUCUGCCCGGAGGACUAGAUGCCGCGGUGACAGAGGGAGGUGAGAACUUCAGCGUUGGUCAGAGGCAGCUCUUCUGUUUAGCUCGAGCCUUCGUCAGGAAGAGCAGCAUCCUCAUCAUGGAUGAGGCUACAGCAUCUAUCGACAUGGCAACGGAGAACAUUCUACAGAAAGUGGUGAUGACGGCGUUUGCCGAUCGAACAGUCGUAACAAUCGCACACCGAGUCCAAACCAUCCUGACGGCCGACUUGGUCAUCGUGAUGAAGCGAGGGAACAUUCUGGAGUACGACAAACCCGAGACUCUUCUGGAGAAGGAGGGCGGGAUGUUUGCCUCAUUCGUCAAAGCCGAUCUGUAGACACAUGGACAGUCGGCAUCCAGAUCUUUACAUUUUUUUCUACAAUUUCGAUAAACUUCUGUGACGCUGAAACACGCCAGAGAAGCAAAUAAUGAGGAGAACUUUUUCUGUGGAAGAGGAAACACCGGAGGUCACUGCCUUUCUGACACUUCACAUCAGUUAUUAUGAUCAUCUGCUCCAUCAGCUGAUUCCUCCUGUUUCCACAUCGACAUUUAGAAUUUAGCUGAAGAACUUAAACAAGUUUUUCAUUGAAUCUAACGACAGAUAGAUAUUAUGCUCCUCGGAUCAGAAACAUUUCUAUCAGCCAGAGUUAAAUUGGAAAUGAGAACAAUCAAAAUAAGAAACUGUUCAAACUAGUGUCCUGAUGUUUUGGGAAAUUACGUAAACUGACUUUUAAACAUCAAACUCUUAAAGAAGAAGCUCUGAGAUCUCAGAUAAAUACUUUGUUACUUUGGUUUUAUUUUUUGAGA